AUGGCGGAAAGCAUGAGUGAAUUUAUGGCACGUAUAGAAGCAAUGAUCAUGACUAAUGCAAUUUCAAAACAAAAAAAUACAGAUUUUCUGGAGGAAAAACUAAGACCUUACCCUCCAACUGUCAAUGAUGAAUCAAUGUAUGAACAUGUGAAAAAGGUUGGAGAAUCUUUGCUUGGGAAAUCGAAUGUACUCCUCAGUCCAAUGGUUAUGGGAGCAGAAGAUUUCAGUUUCUAUUCAAAGAAGAUGGCAGCUGCUUUCUUCAUGAUAGGAACAAAUAACGAAACACAAAAACCAAUCAUUCGAUUGCACUCACCCUACUUGAUUAUUGAUGAGGAGGUUUUUCCCAUAGGAGCAGCCUUCCAUGCUGCAGUGGCCAUAUCUUAUUUGGAUAAGCAUACUGUACUUAAAGCUCAGUAA